AUGGGGACUGCAGCAAGUAUUCAAUCAACAACAUGGUUUGAUAGAUUACCUACUGAAAUUAUUUUUACAAUAUUUGAUUAUUUAUCAAAAAAGGAUAUCAUUUAUACAUUUCUCUUUUUCAGUCAACGACUUAACAAUUUAUUAUUACGAAAUCAACAUUAUAUAAAUCAUUUACAACUACCAACAAAGAAUUUUGAUACAUGGAAAAAUAUUCUUUCAGUUAUUGGACCUCGAAUAGAAUCAUUAGACAUAACUUCAAUUGAUUUAUCUAUUCCAUUAGAAUAUUUUUUAAAUCUAAAAUCGAUAAUUAUUUCCACACCUUAUGGUCUCCCAAAUGAUCAAAUGAAAUUAAUCUUUGAAAGUAAAUCCUUUACACAACUACAUUCGUUCAAAGUAAAAGAAAAUCUAAUAUAUCCCACCCAAUCAUUUCUUUCCCGUUCAAUCAAUCAAGAUAAUGUAUUAAGGAAAGUUUUCAAUAAUAAAAGUGUAUUACAAAAAUUUUAUUAUCCACGGUUUAUAAAAUAUGCUAAAAAUAAUUUAACCAGUUAUGAAAUUAAUUUAAAUUUACAUUCAUUAAAACUGAUUUUGAAUGAGUUUCGAGAUAUAUUUUCAUUAAUUUUAUAUACACCAAAUUUAGAAUAUUUAAAUAUUACUACAGAAUUAAGCGGUACUUUUAUAAAACCAAUCGAGAAAAGUAACAUCAACUUAAAACAAUUUUAUUUAACCUUAAAACGAUCUCUUUAUCGAAACAAUUUGAAUGAAUUAAUCAAUGGAAUAAAAUACUUUUCACCAUCAUUAACUUGUUUAUCACUCAAUUUAAUUGAUUGCACUGACAUAAGGGAAAAUGAAAUUCCAUUUAAUAGUGUAAAACUUCAACAAUUAUUGGAAUCAAUGAUCGAGUUAAAGCAAUUUCAUCUUUAUGCUACGUUAAAUGUGUAUGAUUCUUCUCGUAACAUUUUAUCUCAAUUUCAAGAUCGAUAUUGGUUUGAUCAUAAGUGGACAUUUGGAACGCAUGGAACAUAUUUUUAUACAUUACCAUUUCAUUUCGAGUACCUUCAUAAUUUUUGUGGUUUUGAUAAUAUCAAAUCUUCGAAUUCUGAAGUUCUACUAACUAAUCCUCAAAUAUGGUAUACUGUUAAAUAUAUUGAUUUGUAUUAUAGAUCAACAUAUGAUAUUAACUUUCUGAAAGAACUCAAAAUGGAAAUGCCUAAAUUAAUUUUUAUCAAACAUCGUUCAUUCUACAAGAAAAAUAAGGAUGAAAAAGAAACUGAAGAUUUGUACGUAGAUGAAAAUGAAGAAGUGAAAAAUCAUAUAACAUUAUAUAAUAUGACGACUAUUCAAUUUGAUCAUGGAUCAAUUGAAAAUAGAAAAAAAUGGUUAAUUAAUGCAUUACCUAACUUAAAUCAUCUGAUUUUAUCUACUAUUGAUUUACCUUCUCCAGAUAGUCAAUCAGCUGAUCUACUUAAUAAAAGAAUUCGACGAUUAGAUAUUAAUACAACAAAUUCUUCACUUAAACAAUUAACAGAAAUAAGUUAUGUUUAUUUUUCAAAUGUUGAACAUACAUAUUUUGAAUUGUUCUAUGAUCCACAGAGAAGAUCUCAAUGGUAUACAGAUAUUGUUAAAAAAAUCUUGAAGAAUUUCAAAAGUUUAGAAAGAUUAAUAAUUCGUAGUUUUCCAGAGAAUGGAAAUAUCAGCAAUGCUAUGACAAGAGAUUUGACCAACAUUCUUGAAUGUUACGAUAUGAUAGAAAUUAAGAAAAACUUUCAAAUGAAACAGUUUGGGGAAUGGAUCUUAUUUUCAAAAAAUGGAUGGGAUAAUAGCAAGGUUCAGAGUGGUACACUCUCAUCCAUUUUAAGAAAAUUCAAAUUUUUUAAAUUAAGAAAAUCUUAA